AUGGCGACCUUAGCAGUUGCCGUGUUUACAUUUUGCUGUGCCGUCGGGUUGGCCAGGCGCCACGACGUGCAUGGCAACACAGGACUGGCAGUCGACUCCCAGAUGGAGCUGCAAGAGUUGCUGGGCAUGCUCAGCACGUGGAACACGGGCACAAGGAUUGCCGUCUUGAAUGAGGUUCUGAGUACCAAGAACAACCCAGAUGGUGUGCGCAAGAGUGCUGUGGACUAUGCCCUGCCACUUCUCCCCGAAGUGCUCACGAGCGACUCGGAGCCAGCAGGAACACGCAUGCACGCCGUCAUGGCGCUUGCCCAGGUGCUGAAGGAGGACCCGACCGUGCCAGAGAGCUCCGUCAUGAAGGCACGUGAACUCGCCUCCCUCGACGGAGUGCUGCCGCUCCUGCAGAGCAUGCUCCAGGCAAGCGACUAUGCCACGCGCAGGAGCGCCGUGGAGGUGCUUUGUGAGGCACGCCAGGCCAACUUCAGCCGUGUGGAGCCCCUUUUCAAGAUGGCACUGGUGGAUGAGUCGUCAUCUCUGCACAGGAUCGCUGCAGAGGGCCUUCGCCGGAUGGGCCCUGCGGAUCUCAGCGAUAUGCUGCCCUUUCUCGAAGAGCGGCUGGGAGGAGAGCAAUCUUGGACAGUGCGGCGUGAGCUCGUCAUGUCUUUGGGACAGAUGAACGCCAGCAACCCUAAGGAGGUCCUCCAGCUCCUCCUGAAAGCCUUCAAGGACCAGGACCGCGACGUGCGAGCAGAGGCCGUGGAGGCCCUUGGUCGGGUGGGCUUUGCCGACCCCAACACCGCCCUGCCCAUCCUAGCGGAUGCGCUCAACACCUCGUUUGACUUGAUGCGCGUCAAGGCUGUGAAGGGACUGGUUUACAUGGGCUCAACGAGUCCCAUCCAAGUGAUGGCCAUCCUCCGCGACGUGCGCGAUUCCGACUGCCAGGCGGCUGUGAAGGCCUUGGGCGGCUUGGACUCCCCCGAUGGGAACCCCGAUGGCAUGCUACUCCUCGCCUACAAGGCGCUGAAUAGCACGGACGCCCCCUUGCGCGCCAACGCCACCCGGGCCCUGGGGGAGUUGGCCUCCCGAGACCCGGAUGCUGUGGUGCUCCUCGUCCUCCAGCGGGCACUGGCGGACGGGUCCACCGAUGUCCGCAAAGCUGCCGUGCAGGCUCUCACACACUUGGGAUCUGUAGACCCUAAGGGGGUGCGGCCCUUGCUCCAGGAGGCUCUCCGCGACGGUGCGGGUGAGGUGAGCUCGGCCGCUCGGAAGGUUCUGGCGACGCUGAACUCCACGGGCGUGAAUUCCACUGCCGCGGCGCCUGCAUGA